UCCCAUCUGGCAACCCUGAUUAAGUCACACCUGCGAACUUCCGCACUAUCUUAGAAAAACUUCUCAAGAGUAGGUGGCGGGUAGGGUGCUCUGUCUGCUAGACCAUAACGUAAUUUACCGAAGAAUGAACAGGAUCUUGCCUUGUAUUGUGAUUGGUGUUUUUGUCUGGUCUUUUUCCUCCACCGUCCCAUUCCCAACAACUGGCCUUCAUUUGGGAGACAUCCCAAUCCGACGUACAGUAAUCUGUAAAAAUGGGGAGUACCGGAGUAACAACAUCUGCUGCAAGUACUGCCCAGCUGGUACCCAUUUGAAAUCCGACUGCACUGUGCCAGGUGAAAAGGGGCAGUGUGAGGAAUGUGAAGAUGAAACUUACACUGAGCACGACAAUCAUCUCCAAAAAUGUAUUGGAUGCACGCAGUGUCGUUCAGAUCAAGAAAUUGCCCAGGCUUGUAGCAAAACUCGAAAUAGUAUAUGCCGGUGCAAAGAGGGAGGAUUCUGUACACCUGAACAACCAUGUGAGAUGUGCAAGAAGUGUCUAAGGUGUCGUAAGGAUGAAAAGGUUGUACGUAACUGCACAGCUACCUCAAAUACGGAGUGCAAGAAAAUCCCUCUGCAGAGUGAGGCGACGCCAGCUGUCAUCAGUGUCUUAGUCAUCGCAAUUGCUUCAGUAGUAGUUGCUGGGGCAAUAUGCAUUUGGAAGAAGAAACAGGCAGGAGGAUCUACAGGAAAUGUGCAGAAAAAUGAGCAAGUGUAUUUGCAGGAGGGGAUGACUGAACAAACUCAAAGAAAUGGAUGCUCCCUUUUGAGCUUUACUUUGCCGCGGGUGAGCGUUCAAAGUUCAGAUGCUAAGGAUGAGUGUCAAGCACUGUUUGAAAACUCCAACAGCUCUGCCAGUAACUCGCAGCAAAAUCUAACCAGCCUGCCCCUUGCCUCUGCCCAACAAGUCCAUCUGAUCGCUAGUCAGCCCAUUUUGAAGCAGUAUGAGCCUUUCCCGGAGCUGUUUCCUGUGAAUGGCGAAGAGUCUCUCAGGAAGUGUUUCCAAUAUUUCGAGGAGAUCAGCAUCGCUUAUUAUAAGAGAUUCUUCCGUGAACUUGGCCUGAACAACAAUGUGAUCAAAACCACUGACCAAAACCAAUAUGAGGACAGGAUUCAUGAGUUACUAAGCAUUUGGUAUGAGAAAGAGGGCAAAUGUGCAUCUAUAAAUGACCUGCUAAAAGCCUUACUUGUGCUUGAUCAAAGGCUAACAGCCGAGUCCAUCAAGGAGAAAGCCUUGGAAGAUGGUCAUUACAUUUUAGAGAAAUCAUUGUAACUUUUUGUAGUUAUUCUGAUUACUUCUAAUUAGGUUACAUAAUGUGUAUGUUUUUGUAUACAGUGUUGUGACAAGAGUGGUGCAUGUUUUCAACCUUUGGAGACAUGCAAAGUUAUUUAUGCUACACAGUAUGGAUUGAAUUCUCAGGGACUGGUGGUUUAAUCUCACUGAGCAAUCAAACAAAUAUGCUUGAGGGGAUGCGCUUCACUGCAACUUUCAUAAUAUAUUUAUUGAAAGCAUUUAACAAGUAUGUUGUUCAAUGUUUCGUAUAGUGACUGUGACAUUGCUUACUGUGCUGCUUCAGAUGCCUCAGAAAUGAUUUUAUUUUUCUUGGGCAAAAGGUGUAAAGUGAACUAUCAGGUUAGAAUUACAAAUGGAUCAUUUUAACUUUAAUAGUUCUGGGUUGCCAAAGUUUUACAAAGUGAAUGUCUUUACUGAUGCUUUAUCAAAGUGCGAAGAUGUUUCAAUAUUUUUUGUAGAGCUUUUGUUACUGUUAGUGAACCACAUACAAUGACUUAUAUAAUUAAAUGCACUACGUAUGGUUUCGCUAAAAUGUACAAGAUGAUCGCUGUUCCAUCCAUAUUUAUGUAUUUUUUUUUUUAAUGAAAUGGUGUAACUGGAACACAGUCUGCACACAAUGUGGGAAAGUUGCCUUUUGGGUUACUUCCCAAAACAUACAAAAUGUAUUUUGUCUGCAUUUUGGACACUUUCACCCUAUAAUGAAGGAAGCAAGUUUCACAAUGUGUACUUUUUGACAUGUUUGAGAUUUUUUUUUUUCUCUGAGUGAGGCUAUCAUUUUGGUUAAAAUGUUCUAUUAUGCUGCUUCUGCUCGUAUGGUCAUGUAUUGCUUGUAUUCGAAGGAAAAGAAUUGUAAAUUAUGGCACUUGCGUAAUAGUGCUGACCCUGGUAUGUUUUUAACAAUACAGUGAUCCCUCAAUUAUCGCAGUUAACGGGGACCAGAACCGACCCGUAUAAAGUGAAAAACCACGAAGUAGGGUCGCCCGCCACAUUGUUAAUUUGCUUAUUUUUGUGUGUGUGUGUGUUAUCUUUGGACCCAAAUAAAGAAAAAUGUAAAAAUGUUAACAAAAAUAUACUUAAUGCAAAAAUCUAAACACGUGUUGUACAUUCAUUUGCUCUUAUGAUACAUGUGUGUAAGUGUAUAAUCAUACACACAUGUAAAUGAAGUCAGGAGGGAUCUCUUGGAGUGGGCUGCUGGUCAGCGAAUCAGGUGAUCGGGCUCUCCCUGCCUUCUGCUAGCGCACGGGCAACUUUUUCACCAUAUCUCAAUUUUGAAUUUUUUUUUCUGAAUUUAAUUUUGAUAAAUAUUUUUAAAUCCGUGAUGCACUGAGAGUGCGAAAGUUGAACAGCGAGGGAUCGCUGUAUUUGUUGAUGUCUGCUGAAAGGCUGUUGUUAAAAUGUGCCAAAGUUAUCAUUGACUAAAGAAU